GUUUAAAAAUUUAAUUGUUAAGCUACCGUAUCCCUUUUCUUCUCAAAACUUUUGCACAUCACUCUGUUUCUUUUCCUUAUUUUCAAUGCUAUUUUCAUCCAUAUUUUCUCUAAUUUCACAAGGGUUAUACACUUCUCCAUUCUCAAUUUGUAAUUUUUUCUGCUAGAAUAUUCUCACUCCUCCUUAAUUUAUUCACUUAUAAAAGCAAUGUUUGCCUAUAAAUUUCCGUCAUUUAGAUUUAUCCUUUCAUUCCGAUGCUGUUUUUAAUGGCGAAAUAUUGCCAAUAGUUUUUUAAGGGUAAAAGGGGAUUUUCUACGUAAUUUCCUUUAUUUUCUGAUUUAUUCUUUUAAUAACCAAGGAAACGAGAUUUUUUAAAAACACGUCCAAUACCCUAGAGAUGUUUUCGAAAAUUAACGUUAAAAGAUCCUCUACUCCUUAUAAAUCCCCCAUUUUUCAUUCCUAUUCCCUUUUCAAAAUUCUAAUUCCCCAAUUUUUUAACAGUUUAAGUUUUUGUGCUUGUACGUGGUGAAGUUUGACGAGAGGACGAAGAGGCGAAGUUUUGAAGUUUUUUGACGUGUUGGAACAGUGACAAAUCUUGUUGACCAAUAUGAGCUCAGGAGUGGAGUGCUAUCGCUGCCAUGAAACGGUUUUUGAAUUUUUGGGUGUUUAGUGUUUGGAGUUGCGGCGAUGGAGGACAAUCCAAGUGCUACAACUGCGGACGCUAUGGACAUUUUGCACGUGAAUGCAGAAGUGGAGGCGACGGAGGUGGAGGCGGACGUCGUGAUGACCGUGGUGGAGGACGUGGUGGUGGCGGAGGAGGCGGCGGCGGCAAGUGUUAUAACUGCGGCGGUUUUGGACACUAUGCUCGUGAUUGUGAAGGAGGAGACGGUGGUGGCGGCGGAGGAGGUCGCGAUCGUGGAGGACGUGAUGACCGUGGUGGUGGAGGACGUGGAGGGGAUAUGAAGUGUUACAAUUGUAACAAGUAUGGCCACAUGUCUCGUGAUUGUCCAGAAGGCGGUGGAGGUGGCCGUCGUGGUGGUGGAGGAGGUGGUGGCAAUCGUAAUUGUUACAAUUGCGGACAGGAUGGUCAUAUCAGUCGUGAUUGUCCUGAUAAGCGUGACCGUUGA